ACCCUCUUUAAGCCCUCGGCAACGUGAAAGGCUCCCUCUCUUGCUCUUCUGCUUGUCUAAGGCUUCGAUGAGUUCUAAGUCGAGGGAUAUGGCCUGGUUUCUUACGGCGAUGCUCCUCCUCGUUGCUGGAGGCUGUGUCUUAACUCAGGCCCACGAGAUAGAGCGAGAGGAUGUCAACAAUGGCGACGGCUUUGAAGAUGCAGCCAAUCUACGGCAACUCCAUGAAUGUGUCAAGACACCGCCGAAGUGUAGCAAUGAAGGAGGUUUUUGUCUUAAUCUCCAGUUGUCUUGUGCGGGGAAGAUGAACGCAUCACUGUGCAACAAUGACAACUGUGGAUGUUGCUUGAAACAUGAGUGCAUCAAUACUCCUAAAAUAUGUUCCAGUCAAAACGGCGUGUGUAUUAACUUAAUGGACGACUGCGCUGGUCAGACUGAUGAAUCUUUGUGCAGAAACAAAAACUGCAAAUGCUGUAUGAAGCACGAGUGCUCGAACACACCAAAGAUGUGUUCUAAUGAAGGUGGCACCUGCAUUAAUCUGAUGGACGACUGCGCUGGAAAGGCUGAUGAGUCUUUAUGUAGGAACAGGAACUGCAAGUGCUGCAUAAAACAUGAGUGCUCUAACACACCAAAGAUGUGUUCUAAUGAAGGUGGUGUUUGCAUCAAUCUGAUGGACGACUGCGCUGGGAUCACUGACGAGUCUUUAUGCAGGAACAGGAACUGCAAAUGCUGCAUAAAGCAGCAAUGCAGCAACACAGAGACAUGUGCCAAUGAAAAUGGAGUUUGUAUAAACGUAAUGGAUGACUGCAAUGGCCAGAAAGAUGAUUCAUUGUGCGAUGAAGAGUACUGUACAUGUUGCAUUCGAAAUAUAACAACAGUCUCCACUACGUCAACUACAACUUCAACUUCCACAACCUCGACUUCAACCUCAACAUCUCCCACCUCAUCUACAACCACAACCAGUACUUCUACCACAACGUCAUCCUCUACUACGACUUCAUCUACAACCACAACCUCCACCUCGACUACUACAACCUCCACCUCGACGUCAACCACUUCAACUUCCUCUUCUACAACCUCCACCUCGACGUCUACUACUUCAACUUCCACCACUUCUACAACCACAACCUCCACCUCGACGUCUACUUCAACUUCCACCACUUCUACAACCACAACCUCCACCUCGACGUCUACUUCAACUUCCACCACUUCUACAACCACAACCUCCACCUCGACGUCUACUUCAACUUCCACCACUUCUACAACCUCCACCUCGACGUCUACUUCAACUUCCACUUCUACAACCACAACCUCGACGUCUACAACUACAACCUCCACCUCGACGUCUACUUCAACUUCUACCACUUCUACAACCACAACCUCCACGUCUACAACUACAACCUCCACCUCGACGUCUACUUCAACUCUACCACUUCUACAACCACAACCUCCACGUCUACAACUACAACCUCCACCUCGACGUCUACUUCAACUUCUACCACUUCUACAACCACAACCUCCACAUCUACAACUACAACCUCCACCUCGACGUCUACUUCAACUUCUACAACCACAACCUCCACGUCUACAACUACAACCUCCACCUCCACGUCUACAACUACAACCUCCACGUCUACAACUACAACCUCCACGUCUACAACUACAACUUCCACCUCCACGUCUACAACUACAACCUCCACCUCGUCUACAACUACAACUUCCACCUCCACGUCUACAACUACAACCUCCACCUACAACCUCCACCUCCACGUCUACAACUACAACGUCCACUUCUACAUCUACCACUUCAACCUCCACCUCCACGUCUACAACUACAACGUCCACUUCUACAUCUACCACUUCUACAACCACAACCUCCACGUCUACAACUUCGACCUCGACAUCUACCACAACUACAACCUCCACUUCUACAUCUACCACCACUUCAACCUCAACAACUACCACAACCACGGGUGCUCCGACUACGGUUUCGCCAACCACCACUGCAGCCGCAACCACUCCACUGAACUCAACGCCAACCCCUUAACAACCCUUUAAGUUUUUAUAACAGUUGGCAGUUGUUUUUCUCAUGUAUUUUUCUUCAUAUUUAUCUGCCAACGUUUGAACUCUACAAUAUGUGAGCACAAAGUAACCAAACUUGAAGGACGAAAUGUUAUACCAACUGUAUUAGAAG